GGCAGGGGAACCCAGGCCGCCAUUGAGGGCUGAGGCGGGCGGGCGGCCUUCCCUUUCGGUCCCUCCUCCUCUUCCUCGUCCGGGGCUCUUCUUCUCCGUCGUCUCCGGAGGAGGAGGCCUGUCCGGAGGCGGGCUGUGGCGGUGCGUCGAGGCCGGGGAGAGCGGUGCCCGCCGGGCUCCUCCGGGCGGGACGGCGGAGGCUGCUGCGGGGGUUGCUUCUGCCUGGGCGGCAUGAAGGGCAAGGAGGAGAAGGAGAAGGAGAAGGAGAAGGAAGCCGGCGGAGGAGGCGCGGGGCUGACCGGGAUCGGAGGCGGCGGCGGAGGGCUGGUGGGAGGCGGGCUGGUCGGAGGAGGCCUGAGCGGCGGCGGAGGAGGAGGAGGAGGAGGAGGAGGCGGCAGCCCCGAGAAGAGCCGCAGCGCCCAGGAGUACAAGGAGCAGGGCAACCGGCUCUUCGUCGGACGCAAGUACCCGGAGGCCGCCGCCUGCUACGGAAGAGCCAUCAAUCGGAAUCCUUUAGUGGCAGUCUACUACACCAAUCGGGCCUUAUGUUACCUGAAGAUGCAGCAACAUGACAAGGCCUUGGCCGACUGUAAGCAUGCCCUGGAGCUGGACAGCCAGUCAGUAAAGGCACACUUCUUUCUGGGCCAAUGCCAGAUGGAGAUGGAGAACUACGACGAGGCCAUCGCUAACCUUCAGAGAGCCUACAACUUAGCCAAAGAGCAACGCCUGAACUUUGGGGAUGACAUUCCAAGUGCUCUACGGAUCGCCAAGAAGAAGCGUUGGAACAACAUUGAAGAGAAGCGGAUUAACCAGGAAAACGAGUUGCACUCCUAUCUCACCAAACUUAUCAUGGCAGAGAAAGAAAGGGAGUUAGAUGAAUGCCGACGGGCACAGGAAGAUGAGAACAUGGAGGAAAACCGAAGCCGGGCACAGCUGGCCAACAUCGAAGCCAAACAUGUGAGGACCAGUUGUACCUUUUUGUCCCAGGAAAAAUAUCUAGCAGACAUGGACGAACUGUUUUCCCAGGUGGAUGAAAAGCGGAAGAAACGGGACAUCCCUGAUUACCUAUGUGGAAAGAUCAGCUUUGAACUGAUGCGGGAGCCCUGUAUCACACCCAGUGGGAUUACCUACGACCGGAAGGACAUAGAAGAGCAUCUCCAGCGUGUCGGCCACUUCGACCCAGUGACGCGAAGCCCAUUGACCCAGGACCAGCUGAUCCCCAACCUUGCCAUGAAAGAGGUGAUAGAUGCGUUCAUAUCUGAAAACGGCUGGGUAGAAGAUUACUGAUGACCAAUGGGGAGGCAGGGUGGGGGGAAAGGCCAUGUCUGCUCGGCUGCGGCUUCGCAGCGUUCCUAGCCAUGACAGCGAAGGCACCCUGCAGACUACUACGGACUCCUCUCCGGACUAGCUGGGCCAGCACCAUGCCUUACUGUCUGUCUGUCCCUCCUCUUCCCGCUCUGGAUGUCUGGGGUUUCAUUGGCUCUGCCAAGCAAGGGUCAGUUGGCCCCCUGCCUUAGCCUUUCCUUGGCUCCUUUUUUGAUCAGCUUCCAUGCGGGGCUUUAUAAGACAGGCCUGGGCCCUGGCCUCAAAAUGGCAGAGAAGGAGGGCAGACAUUAAAGAAUCCAGAUGAAGAGGGAGGCCUGAGAGCCCCCAAGGAACCCAUGGUGGCACAUGAAGGACAUUCCUCCCACGCCCAGCCCAUGCCCGCCCCUCAGCACAGAUCACUUCAUUCCCCUUGGCACCCACCUUCCUUCCAUAACUAUGCUGCUGAUGGAGGGCCUGGCCUCUGUAGUGAUCAAAAUGCCAGAAAAGCCGGAUCCUUUGCCCCCACCCCAGCCGUCCCUGGCUUGGCUUUGAGAUGUUGUUUCUUGCCUGCUCUCUGUUUGUACAAAGUUUUUGUUUUUUCUCUCCAUUUUCAUUUGUUCAGGAUAGCUGGGUGGUGUUUUUUUCCUUUUUCUUUUCUCCUUCAUCUGUUUUUCUUUGUAAAUACAUAGCCACUUAUUUUGGGGGGGGGCUAGAGGGAAGUGGGCACAUUAUUCUACACAUGUUGACUGGAAUUUGAGCUUCUUCAGGAUAAGCAGUUCACUUGUUUGUGUGCAUUGGGCAAAACGGAGCCCCUUUACCUCCUUCCAGGUAGUUGUUUUAUCCAUUAAACCAUUCAAAGGACAUUCUUUUUUUUUUGGUUGCUUUUAAUUAAAAGUUUCCCCUUAAAUAACAA